UCUCCGCAGACAGAGUUGGGAUUGGAGGAUCAUGGCUUCCACACUGAUGCUCCUGCUUCAGCUGCUCCUGGUCUCACUGGUGUCAGCUUCUCAUUACUUUGGGGGAACCACGACCUACACCUACAAAGGAAGAAACCCUGAUGGCUCAUUUAAUGUGGAAAUUCGGGACAGAGACACCUAUGAAAGCUGUUAUGACACCCUCUACUGGUAUUGUUCCAGUGGAUACUGUGGCUAUGUCUCCACAAGUCAGAGAAGCAGACUGGACAGCAGCACCAAUACUCCACAGUAUAACAGACAAUGGUGUGAAGCUGAAACUGUCACCACGCGUGUCCUCCCAACCAACAGACCUUUUGAAAUGCGGGCAACAAGCUGCUGCUGGAUCCCCACACGUACCUAUUACUGGGGCCAUUCAUGGUACUUGAACACGCUUGUGGAUUUGGGAGAAAGAUCCGACACUGGAAAACCAAACAGAGCACCAGAAACUGCCAUCCUACCUUUCCUCAGAGUUCCUGAAAACUGUCCACGGACUUACAAGCUGAUGUCAUUUGAUCCUGAUGGAGACAAAGUCAGAUGCAGAUAUGGAAAUCCAGGAAGUGCGGAGUGCUACGGCUGCACGCAACAUUCAGGCUUCCACUUAGACCAGGACUCCUGCACGUUACACUACCAAUACACUAAUGCUGACCCGUUGGUGAAUGCAUUUGAGUUGGUGGUGGAGGAUUUCCCACAAGGACACAUCAGUCUGAGCUACUCUGAUGGAUCCCAGUCCUCCAGGUCUCCUCUGUCUGCAAGACGGAAACGAUGGGUCUCAUAUCCAACAACUACAUACCCCCCCACCACCACAUCAUGGUGGUGGUGGACAACUACAACAGCCGCACCCACUACAACUACAGCUCCACCCACUACAACUACAACUGCACCAUGGUGGUGGUGGGGGUCAACUACAGCCGCACCCACUACCACAUCAUGGUGGUGGUGGACAACUACAACAGCUGCACCCACUACAACUACAGCUGCUCCCACUACAUCUACAGCUGCACCAUGGUGGUGGUCUACGGGGAGACCGCUGCAGGCGACCUCUCCUCCCCUCAGUAAACUACCGUUGCAGUUCUCUUUCCUUGUGGAUCCACCUGCUCCUUCAUGCCAGGAGGGACUAUACUUGCCCCAGUUUGUGCACCCAACACCUGCACACGGACAGCGCAUUCACGCAGAGGUCAACAAAGAGGUGGAGAUCAGAAUCAAAGCACAGGCUUCAUAUGCAGCAAUACAAGAUAUCAUCAUGAGUGGGCCAAUGAAUAUGACCAAGCACAGAACCGCACAUAAUGAGUUUGUGCUUCGGUGGACGCCGUUCUCCAGCGAUCUGGGGGAUUAUUUCCCAGUGUGCUUUGCUGUUGAAUCGGCGACAGGGUCAGCAGUGACCAGUUUUCCAGGCAAUACCCACUCUCAUAACCACGGCACCCCGAGUUCACAGUCUGGCGCCUAUCAGUCCGAGAUGAGGUGUGUUAUUUUGAAAGUUGGAACGGAGGAAAUUAAAACCAAGGUGACCUGCUCUGAGUCUGAAAUGAGAGUAGAGGUUGAGAAAUCGUCCCUCCGUGGACUCCGUGAGGAUCAGCUGCGUCUCAGUGAGCCCAGCAACACCCUCUGCAGCCUGGAGAGAUACUCCAACAGCACUCACAUCAUCGGCGUCAUCCCUCUCAAUGCUUGUGGCACUCAGAUCGAGGAAGAUGAGGAACAUCUCAUUUUCAAGAAUGAAAUCACCACAGUGGAUGACAGCAGUGCUCUGAUCACCAGGAAGCAUAACCUGGAAGUAGAGUUCUACUGUCAGUAUCCCAAAAAGGGGAACGUGUCACUGGGCUUCACGGCACACAGGAAGAAUGUGGAAGUGUUUGAUAAAGGCUUCGGCACGUUCACCUACCAGUUUGAGUUUUACCCCGACAACCAGUUCAGAAGCAUCAUUGAUCCGAGUUCGUACCCUCUGGAGUACGACGUAGGGCAGAAGAUUUACAUGGAGAUAGACGCUUCCUCCAUAGUCAACGGCACCGAGAUGUUUGUGGAGUCCUGCAGAGCCUCACCGUACGACAACCCCAAUUACCAACCAACCUACUCCAUCAUUGAAGACGGGUGCCCCGUGGACCCAACUGUGAUGAUCCAUGAGACCGACAACAAGAGACAGUUUAGAUUCUGCAUCGAGGCCUUCAAGUUCAUCGGUUUGCACGAUCAGGUAUACAUCAGCUGUUCAGUAAUGAUGUGUGAAGCAGGGAAUCCCGACAGCAGGUGCUCACAGGGAUGCAUCAACUCCACAUCAAACGAUCAACACCACUCCCACCGCCGAAAGAGGGACUCUGCCAUCCAGACUGCAACGCACUUCGUUUCCCAGGGUCCUCUGCGCUUGAAGAGGUCAGCUGACAUCAGCAUGAGUGCAGGGAACAACCUGAACCUGAACCUGAACCUGGUCUUCAUCGCUGGAUGUCUUCUUGCUGCUGUUGCCAUGAUCUGUGGAGUGCUCCUGUACAGGGCCAAAAUGUCAAAGGUCAAAUACCAGCGUUUGGCCUCGAGUGACAGUUAAGACAGCAGUGUAAUCAGAAUACCAGUUCCUGCAUUACCUUUGAACGAACCAAAUUUUGCUGUCAGGGUUUCAGUGUCUGUGUAUCUGCUCAUGUUUAAAUCAAUCAUGAAUUUAAUUCUUUAUAAUUCAGCUUAAUUUGUGUAGCGUGAUUUCACAACAACAGCUUUAUAAUGUAGGGCACAGUCCCAGCUGUUACAGCUGUAUUUGUGUUUGCGAGCUUUAAGGGAGAACAGAAAUUCCAUCACUGCAGAUAUAAAAGAAGACUUGAUCAAUUAUUGGAUUAUUGUUUAGUCGUGCAGCUUUACAGCAGCUUUUAUUUUUAUAUAUUAGAGUGUGAUUUUCAGGACGUGUUACUGUUGAUGUGUGCUCCUCUUUCCACAUAAUUUUUGCUUUGAAUAUCUAUGGCUAUCAUUGGACUGGUUAUUAUACACCUUUGUUAUCAAUCAAUAAAAACAUACUUGUUA